GAUGUCGCAGGUCUGGCAGCAACAGUUCCAGGAACUGCUCAGCCCUUCUUUCUCUUCCACCAGCUUACGUAUGCGUCAAACAGCGAGCAUAGCACUGUGAACAUGCCUCUCGCCAGAGACCUCCUCCAUCCUUCAAUUGAACUUGAGAGAAGACAACAUAAAAAGAAAAGACUCGUCCAGAGUCCUAACUCCUACUUCAUGGACGUGAAGUGCCCAGGCUGCUAUAAGAUCACCACAGUGUUCAGCCAUGCUCAGACGGUGGUACUCUGUGUGGGAUGCGCAACAGUGUUGUGCCAGUCAAGCGGAGGAAAGGCCAGACUGACUGAGGGUUGCUCUUUCAGAAGGAAGCAACACUAAAAAGGGACUGUACACUUAAUCAUGUCUGUAAUUAAGCCGUGCUGUUGAUGAAUCCCUUGUUUUUACAUCGAUUACAAUACAGUUGUGCAUUCACUAAUGGCAGGUUCUGUCACUGUACAGAUGUCCAACUUUUAUGUAUGAUGAAUUUAUAAUCUAGCAUAGCAAACAUUUUUAAAAUGUAAGAUGAUUCAAAAUAAAAUCUCAUUUAGGCAAUAAAGAAAUCCGUUCUAAAACUUGAA